GUCCCGAAAACGGCCCCCAGAGGCCAAACACUAUGAAAAAAAAAGGCGACGAAAAGCAACUAAUGCACCUGCAAAAUUGCAGUGCAUUUUCAGAGCAGUGCAGUGAAAACUGGGACAUCCGAAGCCGCCAUCCCGAAUGGCUCCUGGGCGGCCCGGCAAACACUGCGACGGAGAAGCCAAAAAGCCACGCGGCAUGAGCGGCAGAAGCGGGGUACGCCGCAGAGAAAUCGCAAUGACGAAGAGUGGCGCUUCGAAGUGACACCCCCCAUGCAUCCUGAAGGGCCCCUGGGCGGCCUGGCAAAGACUGCGACGGAGAAGCCACGGAGGCACACGGCGCGAGCGGCAGAAGCGGGGCACGCCGUGGGCAGGCAACACAGAGACAGUGUGCCGGGCACGAGCAGAUAUAUAAAGGCAGACUGCCCCCCGUGGCUGAGGCGGGGCGGCUCGAGCAUCGAGCCAAGCUGCCAGACGGGCGCGAGCCGUGGAAGCGACGGCCGCGCGGACGUGGCUCGGCCCCACCAGAUCGGCUGCAGGCAGGAGCGGCGCCCCGCCAGAGAGGCCCGUGGUGCGCGGCGUCAGGUGGGGGGCGCGGGUGGGCCAACCAUGCAGUCGGGCGUGUCCCCCCUAUACAGGGGAAUUCCGGGCGAAGAAUCAGAAGUACUCCAAACGAGGAGGAGGAGGAGGAGGCGCCCCGAGAGUGCGCGGGCACGGCGCCGCGCCGCGCCCGCACGCCGCGCGCGAGUGGGGGGCCGCGCGCCCACGCGGCACGCCCCCGGGGAGCGGCUGCCGCGGGGCCUGCCGUGGGGCGCCGCCCGGUCCGCCCUGCCCCCAGGGGCGCAGCCUCGCCCUCCCGAUAUCGCCGACGUCGGCGAUCGGGAGGGCGCCUAAAAACCAAAAAACGAGACAUCGCAA